GAAAAAACCCCAAGACCUUUCCAAGCCAGCAGGCAACAGCGCACCAAUCCCGACGCGAAUCGCCCAGAACGCGAGGCGGAAUUUCCCAUCCUCUUGGACCCCCCCCCCCCCCCCCCCUCUGUUCUUCCUCCUUCCCCCGCUCCUCGUCCACACGCUCCGCUCCGAUUCCGCCCGCGUCCGCGGACCCAGAUCCGGCGCCCGCGCCCAUGGCGACGCGCAGGCGAAUGCUCCUCAAGGUCAUCAUCCUCGGCGACAGCGGGGUCGGCAAGACCUCGCUGAUGAACCAGUACGUCAACAACAGGUUCAGCAACCAGUACAAGGCCACCAUCGGCGCGGAUUUCCUCACCAAGGAGGUCCAGAUCGACGACCGCCUCUUCACACUGCAGAUAUGGGAUACGGCAGGACAGGAGCGGUUUCAAAGUCUUGGUGUGGCAUUUUAUAGGGGAGCUGACUGCUGUGUUCUUGUAUAUGAUGUCAACGUAUCCAAGUCAUUUGAAAAGCUCAACAACUGGCGUGAGGAAUUCCUAAUUCAAGCCAGCCCAUCAGACCCAGAGAAUUUCCCAUUUGUUGUGCUUGGUAACAAGAUCGAUGUUGAUGGUGGUAACAGCCGGACUGUUUCUGAGAAGAAGGCUAAAGCAUGGUGUGCUUCAAAGGGAAACAUCCCCUACUUUGAGACGUCGGCUAAAGAGGGCUUCAAUGUAGAGGCUGCAUUUGAGUGUAUAGCGAGGAAUGCUGUAAAAAAUGAGCCAGAAGAAGAUAUGUAUCUUCCUGAUACGAUUGAUGUUGGGGGCGCUGGAAGGCAACAGCGUUCGUCAGGUUGUGAAUGCUAGAAGAUAUGGAGCACUGCGAAUUGCUCGGUUGGUUGGUCUGAUUCUCUAGGGCUUGUUGUUUGGGUGGCCUGUGUCAUCAUUUCAUAUAUGUAUUUAGUUUGCAAAACUGCUAUUUGUGGACACUGGAUAGUUUGGAAGUCUGCAUGCGGGUGCUUAUUGUCGACUCCCGUGUAGAUGCAGAGAACUCAUUUGUAACUGCCGUUUCGGUGUUGUAUCGUAUCUGCGCUAGAUGCUAGUGUUGUAACGCUUUUGAUUGUUGAUGGAUUGCAUAUAUGUACUGUAUUUGUACAUGAACAGAACGUAGUGCCCAUUUUCAUAGUGUUCAAUUGUUGGUUGGUUUGGUAUUGUUCUUU